AUGGAUCCCAACAAUCAAUUAGAAACGUUUGAUAAUCAAAAAGAACAAAUUCUGAAAGAAUUGACUUCUUCCUUGCCGGACGCUUCUCCUAAAGGAAAUCCAGAUAGCCCUAUUUUUCCAUUACUGGAUGUGAUAAACUCACACCCAGAUUGGGUUACGACAAGUUCGUGUUCUGGAAGAAUUUCUGUCUAUGUACAAGGAUUAACGUCCAGAAAAGGAGGUGGUUACUGGCUUUUCGUAUCUCACGAACCAUGCACAGAAUUGCCUACACCCUUUGACGUAGAAAAUGUUGAUUAUGGGAAAGUGCCGGAAGCACCGCCUGAAGGAUCCAGGGAGAUUCAGUUUGCGUUCGAGCCGAUGAUUUUGCAUGUCCAAACUCGAUCCUUGGAGACAGCUCAGCACUUGCAACGAGUAGCGAUGAGCUGUGGGUUUCGAGAGACAGGGAUUCAAGGAAGCACAAAUAAGUACAUUGUAGCGAUUCGGACGAGUCUAAAGAUUGACGUUCCUAUUGGAGUUGUAGACACGUCUGAAAGGAUCCAAUUAUUUGUGACAAAAGAGUAUAUGACAUGGCUUAUUAAAAGAACAGUAGAGUAUUUUGCUGAAAAUCGAAGGCGAAUGGAUAGAAUUAAGCAACAAUUGGAAACACAACUUGCAAAACGAUUGAAACCAAGGCGAAACCUAAAGUGA